GGUUGUUAAAAGCUUUGCCAGUUUGCCUUCAGUUUUAUUUAGGGAUAUACUGUCUUAGUUUUUGAAAUGGAAUGUUUGGUCAGGGUUACGAUAAAGCGAUUGGCUUUGUUUUUGUUGGUGGAAAACAUAAUCUCUCUUGCUUUUUCAUAUACUUUCAGCACUGAAACAUGGCAUCGAAAACUUCCAAGCAGGCCAGUGAAUCUUGGCAACCAUCAUCCAUUUAAACCACUUCAACCUGACCAACAAAAAAACAUUUUCAGGCCGGAGCCAGUAAAAACAAUUGCGGUUACGUGCCAUUCAGACUACAUUGAGAUUGCUGUGAAAGCGGAUAUAUUUGAACUUGGUACUCCUAUUGACAUAAAUGACUUGCACCUUGGUGUUGAACAGUACAAUGACCAUGAAAAUUGUAGGGCUACACCAUCAGCAGAAGGUGAUGAGUACAAAAUAUAUGCAGCACUGUCUGACUGUGGAACCAAGAACUUGAUGAACCAAGACUCCUUGAUCUACAUCAACCUCCUCAGAUAUACACCUAGAGACAGUCCAGAAGGGGUUAUUCGAAUGGACAGUGCUGUAAUCCCAGUUGAGUGCCAUUAUGAGAGGAAGUACAGUUUAGAUAGUGACUCUCUCCAUCCAACCUGGAAUCCGUUCAUCUCAAAAGUGGUGUCUGAAGAUACACUGCAAUUUUCGUUGAAGCUCAUGACAAGUGACUGGCUACUUGAGAGGGGGUCUGCCGUCUACUUCCUGGGAGAGUCAAUCAGCAUAGAGGCAUCUGUCCAAACCGCUCACCAUACUAGACUCCGGGUCUAUGUAAGCAGCUGUGUGGCCACGCUGGAGCCUGAUAGGAACUCUAUGCCCAGAUAUGUUUUGAUUGAGAGUGAUGGGUGUUUGAUGGAUUCCCUGGUACCUGGCUCACGAUCUCAGUUCGUACGUAGAACUGAGGACAACAAGCUCCAGUUCCGCAUUGAUGCCUUCCGGUUCCAACAGCAGACAAAGGAUGAGCUGUACAUCACAUGCCAUGUUUUGGCUGUCCCUGUCAUGGAUCAUGCAGAGCCUAGCAAAAAGGCAUGCUCCUUAAUUGAUGGAAGAUGGAGGUCUGCAGAUGAGAAUGACUUGCUGUGUAGCCGUUGUCCGAGACCGAAGAUGAUUGAUCAAGCCCCAGCACAACGCCAACUCAGUCCAAGACUAGGCGGGAGACGACCUGAACCCCGUGGCUAUCCCAGCAAACAUCCAGCUUCUGGCAGCCUUUGGAGUGGGCUUAAGGCCAAACAAGUAUGGGAAGAGGAUACUUCCUUGGGCCCCAUUAAGGUAUAUGCUGCCAAAAAGAUUGGUUCUCUAACUCCACGGAUGAGGGAAGGCAUCCAUGUGCCUGGCUUUCCCUCAGCUCCAGGGGAAGGGAGGCCCAUAUCACCUGGCAGUCGUUGGAAGACUGGAAUGGACGUCAAAAAGGGACUUUCUGCCCAAACCAGAAAUGAGGGCAGUACUUUAGACCAGUGGGUUGGUGCCAACAACAAGCAAGGUUUUGUUAGCUCUGCAACAUAUGAUGGAUACAGCGCACAGAAAGCAUUAAUUGCUCAAAGAGAGCUGGAGCCCACCCAAGAUUCCGCGUUGACUUCUACACCUGAACCCUUUGGUGUUGCGAUCACCUUAGGGACAGAAGGCCUGACUCAAAAGAAGGAUAUGGCUUUUGUUGUGGAUGAGUAUGAGAUUGAACCUUCUGGAAAUGAAUUGCGGGAUGAUGUUGAUUUGGCAGCCCCUACACAUGAAAGUGCUGAAAAUGGUGCUGGUGUCCUGACGUAUGACCUUAAACAUGCUAUUGGUGACAGUUCAGAGGUUAACAAAGCUGGGGGUGUUUCUGUUAGUGAAAGCUCAACUGUGGCAACACAACUAAACAUGGAGACUGACUCUCAAUCAGACUUCUAAAGAACAAGAAGCCAUAAAUGUCUUUGAACAUUAAAAUAAAAAUGUCAAACUGG